AUGAACGAGUUCAAGGAGAAACUGUGCGUCGGCUGUUUGAAGGGAUUCCAGCUAAGGGCCGCCGAAGAAGCCCCAGGAAAGCCCCAGACCUUCAUGAGGCCAGAUAUCCCUCCCCAUUUCCUGUCAGCCCCCUUUCGCUUGGGAUCUGACUGGUGGCCGGGACUUUGCAGGCAGCGGCGGCCGGGGGCGGAGCGGGAUCCGGAGCGGGAUCGAGCCCUCGCCGCGGUGAAGCGGAGGCUGGACCUGGAAACCGACCAUCAAUACCUGGCUGAAAGCAGUGGCCGGGGCAGGGGCCGCCACCCAGGGAAAGGUGUGAAGUCUCCGGGGGAGAAGUCACGCUAUGAGACAUCCCUGAAUCUGACCACCAAACGGUUCCUGGACCUGCUGAGCCGCUCAGCUGAUGGUGUUGUCGACCUGAACUGGGCAGCUGAGGAGCUGAAGGUGCAGAAACGGCGCAUCUACGACAUCACCAACGUCCUUGAGGGCAUCCAGCUCAUCGCCAAGAAGUCCAAGAACCACAUCCAGUGGCUGGGCAGCCAUACGGCAGUGGGGAUCAGUGGGAAACUUGAAGGACUGACCCAGGACCUCCAACACCUGCAGGAGAGUGAGCGGCAGCUGGACCACCUGAUCCAUGUCUGCACCACACAGCUGCAGCUGCUCUCUGAGGACGCUGACAGCCAGCGCCUGGCUUACGUGACCUGCCAGGACCUGCGCAGCAUUGCAGAUCCCGCAGAGCAGAUGGUCAUGGUGAUUAAGGCCCCUCCAGAGACCCAGCUCCAAGCCGUUGACUCCUCAGAGACCUUUCAGAUCUACCUUAAGAGUAAACAAGGCCCCAUUGAUGUUUUCCUGUGUCCUGAGGAAAGCUCAGGUGGGAUCAGCCCAGGAAAGACUCCAACCCAGGCAGCAGCUUCUCCUGGGGAAGACGACAAGGUGGCUGUCCCUGCCGCCCCAGUACCGCCAUCAUCACCUCCUCCCUCACCCCCUGCUAUGGAUCCUGGCCAGUCCUUGUUAAGCCUGGAGCAAGAACCGCUGCUGUCCCGGAUGGGUGGCCUGCGGGCCCCUGUGGAUGAGGACCGCCUGUCCCCACUGGUGGCAGCUGACUCGCUCCUGGAGCAUGUGCGGGAGGACUUCUCCAGCCUCCUCCCUGAGGAGUUCAUCAGCCUGUCCCCUCCCCACGAGGCCCUUGACUACCACUUUGGCCUUGAGGGCGAGGGCAUCAGAGACCUCUUCGACUGUGACUUUGGGGACCUCACCCCCCUGGAUUUCUGA